GUGAACACCCCACAGCAGUAGCUGGCGAAAAGUGAGCUGUGAGCACCAUGGCGACCGAAUCUCAUAAGCCGCCGUCUAAGUCGCCCCCCGAGUCGCCGCCCAAAUCUGCGUCACGUCCCGCGGACGAACGGCUUCAAGCGGAUCCUGACCCUGAGUCGCUUGCUUCCGAUGUCGAUUCUGUAUUUGACGCCAACUCUAUCAUAAGUUCCACGGCGUCCAUCAGCUCUACGAUCCUCAACUACCGCAAGCUUCACGGCAGGACAUAUCAGAACUACGAGGGUGCCGAAUACUGGGGACCAAAUGACGACAGGCAGAAUAAAGGGCUCGACAUGGCCCACCACAUGAUGUAUCUCGCCUUCGAAGACAAGCUGUACCUCGCGCCGCUCGAGAACCCGCAGAAGGUGCUGGAUGUGGGGACGGGCACCGGCAUCUGGGCCAUCGACUUCGCGGACGAGCACCCCUCCGCGGAAGUCAUUGGCACCGAUCUCUCCCCCAUCCAGCCCGCCUGGGUGCCGCCCAACUGCAAGUUCGAGCUCGACAACUGCGAGCAGCCGUGGACCUACGCCGAGAACUCGUUCGACUACAUCCACAUCCGCGGGCUGGUCGGCUGCGUGCAGGACUGGGAGGCGCUGUACCGCCAGUGCCUGCGCUGCCUCAAGCCGGGCGGCUGGCUCGAGCAGCACGAGUUCGCGCUGCCCAUCGCCGGCAACGACGCGCCGCUGCCCGACGACUGCGUCUGGCACGACUGGGGCAGCGUCUUCCGCGAGGCCGGCAGGAAGAUGGGCCGCUCGUUCGAGGUCACGGACCACUGGGAAGAGUGGCUGCGGAAGGCCGGCUUCACCGAGACCCUGCACACCAAGUCCACCCGGCUGCCCAUCGGCGGCUGGCCGCGCGACCCGCGCUGGAAGGAGGUCGGCCUGUUCAACCAGCUGAGCCUCGAGCAGGGGCUCGAGGGUUUCGCCACCUACAUCUGUACCCAGGUGCUCGGCUGGAGGCACGAGGAGGUCACGGUUCUCCUGGCAAAAGUGCGAGAGGCAAUCGGAAACCCGACGUAUCACGCCUACUAUCCUCUGAAAACUGUGUACACACAGAAGCCACUGACUUCCAGUUCCUGAGUGGGCUUUGACGGUUGGCAUGUGCCACAAGCCUGAGAGAACAACCCCGGCUGAUUGAGGCAGAGAUGGCGAACGAUCUUGAAUAGCGGAGACCUAAGGCUAUUUUCGAAAGCAUUCACGAACAAGUAUACUCAUGGAUGUAAUUAUCAGGUCGUAAGCAACAUACCUAACGACAUGAAUCGAUAAGUCAACUCAUAUUCGGACGC